AUUGAAACCAAAACUAAGCUCAGCUUCCACAUGUAAAAUCAAAUCACCAAAAUUCAAUUUCUAGGGUUCAGUCCAGCAUGGCGCGAAGAAUAAUGGAAUGGGCGGGUCGACCCGACUACAUGGGCGGCAUUCCAAGAAAGAUAGUGAUCGGAGUCGUCGGAACCUUCGCGAAAACCUGGGUCAACCUUCUCAACUCCACCACCGUUCACAAUGCCGAUACGCUUCUCAACCUCGUCCGCUCUCGCCCUAAGGGCCUCCCUCUCAUCACCGUCAGCAACCACAUGUCGACUCUGGACGACCCUCUUCUGUGGGGCAUCAAGGGCUUUCCGAUUUGUGAUGCCAAUUUGACGCGGUGGGUUUUGGCCGCCGAAGAUAUCUGCUUUAAAAGCUCGCCGCUUUCGUACUUUUUCCGGCUAGGGAAGUGUAUACCGAUUACGAGAGGCGAUGGGAUCUAUCAGGAGCAUAUGAAUGAAGCUCUUGAGAGAUUGAGUGAAGGAGAUUGGUUGCACACUUUCCCUGAAGGGAAGGUGUACCAGGAAGAUGCACCUAUAAGAAGAUUGAAAUGGGGGACUGCUAGUCUCAUUGCUCGCGCUCCAGUAACCCCAAUAGUUUUGCCAAUUGUACAUAGAGGGUUCGACAAGGUGAUGCCUGAUAAAUCUUCCCGUGGUAAAAGGCCUCCCUUUCCAUUGCUUAAUAAGGAAAUCAAGAUAUUUAUUGGUGAGCCGAUGAAAUUUGACAUUCCUAAAAUGAAGCAGGUGGCUAUCUCUAUGUCUCCUAAAACGUCACAUCCUUCUUUGGGAUGGCCAAGCCUUUGCCCAGGUGGUUUGGAUGAGGCAGCACAAAGAUGCCUGUACAGUGCAAUAUCAGAGAAAAUUCAAAAUGCCUUGGAGAGAUUACGAAUUUUUGGUACAAGUUAUAAAAAAGAUCGAAAUGCAUGCUAGUUUAAGAUCUGUUGCAUAUGCAUAUUGUGUCAAACAGAGAGAAGCGUGUUCUGAUCAUCUUGACUAUGGUAUACAGGUGAACAAGGAAUGCCACUCUUCUCUAGUGGAUUCAAUCAGUUCCAUGUUCAGUUUUAAGGAACAGAAAAUUCAUACGGCUCCCCCCUUUUUUUUUUGGAACUAGGGUAUCCAUUCAAUGGCAUUACAGAUGAAAUGAGAUUUGUUUUUUGACUGUUUAGAAUUCAUAUAGAGGGGUGCUAUCAAUAUUGUUUAUUUUGUAGUUGAAUGCAUUCAGAUUCUUCUUCCAUUGAGUUAGAUAGGAGC